AUGGGUAACGAAGAGAUAUCCGAUUUCGAAAAGCAACGGCUUGCGAAUAUCGCGGAGCGCGAUGCGCUUCUCAAGCAGUUAUCGCUAAAUGCGCAAUCCGUCUUCACGCCGACUUUGCCAAAUCGCGCGACGGGGAGCCAGGCAAAGACGAAGAAAAAACCGGCCCCGAAGAAGGUCAAGAAGGAAGAGGAGUCACCUGCGCCGCGGCGCAUGUCCUCACGUCUGAGGGGUAUUGCGGCGGAUAGUGAGGUGGCGAAACGGAAAGCUGAGGAGCAGCACCAGGCUUAUCAGGAGGCGGAGAGGGCCAAGAGGGUGAGAAAGUCGGAUUCAUUCUCACUGAAUGACAUAUUUGUUUCGGGCCAAAAGCUUAGUGGGGAUGGUUUGCUUGGUGUGGAUGUUGUUACGAAGGGCGUCGCGGUGCCUUACCAGCGGACGUUUGGCGAUGAUGAUAUCAAGAAGACAACGGAUAAGGAAUUGAAAGCUUUGAGAAAGGAAAUGAGUGAAUUGCAGCUGUGGGAGGCUUGGGAGCCUAACCGAAUCAAGCUCACCCCCGAGAGAGUGUAUACCAUGACAUUCCACCCUUCGGAGACCAAGCCAUUAAUCUUUGCUGGAGACAAGAUGGGUCAUCUCGGCAUCCUGGACGCAUCACAGGAAAAGCCGACCUCGGUGAAGCAGGAAGACGAAGAUGAAGAGGACGAUGACCCUGACCCAGUCCUAACGACCCUCAAGCCACAUACCCGGACAAUAAGUUCCAUGGUGAUCCACCCAUCCAAGCCGACGCAUCUAUAUACCGCCAGCUACGACAGUUCUAUCCGAGAAAUGGACCUGGACAAGACAACAUCGGUGGAACGGUACGCCCCAGAUUCAACGUCAGACGAUGUUCCAUUGUCUGGUCUGGACAUGGCUGCCGAUGAUCCCAACACUCUCUACUGGACUACCUUGGAGGGUGAGUUUGGCCGAUACGAUAUGCGUACACCCAAGCAAGGCUCGGUAGCCGUCUGGAGUCUGUCCGAGAAAAAGAUAGGUGGCUUUUCGCUAUUCCCGACUCACUCGCACUAUUUUGCGACGGCCAGUUUAGACCGGACCAUGCGACUUUGGGAUAUUCGGAAGUUAUCACGUCGCGAGCCUGUUCCUGUGGGAGAGCACCAGAGUCGAUUGUCAGUUUCGCAUGCGGCAUUCAAUAGUGCCGGACAGGUUGCGACAUCUUCUUACGAUGACAGCCUAAAACUGUAUGACUUUGGUGCCAAAGGAAUUGCCUCCUGGAAGCCAGGACAUACCCUUUCAGAUGCAGAAAUGAAACCCGACACGGUGGUACGGCACAACUGUCAAACUGGACGAUGGGUUACCAUUCUCCGUCCUCAAUGGCAAAUAAAUCCUCAAUCGCAUAUCCAGCGAUUCUGCAUCGGAAAUAUGAAUCGUUUUGUCGACGUCUACAGUAGUUCGGGUGACCAGCUCGCGCAACUUGGAGGCGACGGCAUCACUGCCGUACCCGCCGUUGCAGUUUUCCAUCGUAGUAAGAAUUGGAUAGCCGGUGGUACAGCGAGCGGGAAAAUCUGUUUGUGGAUGUGA